GACCCCAAGAUUAACAAACAAACUCGGCAUCACUCAAUAACAAUGUUGUUUUCAGAACGAUGGAUGACUUUGAAAAUGUUUUUUAUUUACGUAGUUCUUUUCGUCAUCUUUCGUAUUGGAGCUUUUCUGAAACAGUUCCCUGCUACGCACGAUUUUCUUAGAUGGGCUUUUAAUCUUCUCUCGGGCACCGAUCUACCACCAACGAUGUACUGGAAAUUGCUAUUUGGCAAAGAAAUGCUCGAAAAUGUAUGGCAGAGCAUUUCGGUGGAUAUGAACAAAAAGGUGAAACUUGACAACAAAGCAUUUAACUCUCCACUUGUUUCACUGAGCGAUGAGGGGUUUUGCCGUUUACUGGACUUCGCUAAAGGCGAGAGACCUCUGGUGGUUAAUUUUGGAAGCAGCACUUGUCCAAUUUUUAUGAAAAAGAUGUUAGAAUACGAGAAGAUGAUUGUGCAGUUUAAAGAUGUCGCAGAUUUUGUUAUUGUUUACAUCGAAGAAGCACAUCCAAGCGACGGUUGGGCAUUUGAUGAGAAUAACAACAUUCCAACACACUCCUCGCAGACCGAACGUUGUGUCGCCGCGCGGCAGCUGUCUUCCCAGAAUGCAAUAUGCCCCGUGCUUGUUGACUCCAUGCUAAACGCUGCUAAUGUGGCCUACGGUGCUCUGCCAAUCAGAUUGUACAUCAUAAGGAACAAUCACGUUGUCUACCAGGGAGGUGCGGGACCAAUGGGGUAUUGUAUGGAUGACGUCAUCAAUUGGUUGUCAGCUUAUACAGGCCAGAAGCAUUAGAUGAGUAUUAGAUCAGGGAAGUGCUUCAAGUACUGAUGUCGGGUAAACAUUUGGAUAUAAUGCAAACGACUAUAAUCAUUAAAAACACUUUUAAGCUCUUUCAAACACUUUACAAUAAUUUAAAACGCAGAAAGGAUAUGAUAGUUUAGUUUAAGAUCUGGAAUGCUCAAAUAUGGUAUAGAAUGUCCUAAUCAUAAGGAAUCGACCGAGCUGGAACAUGAACUUUGGGCUUCCUGUGGUAUGGAAAUUGUUAUUGAAGGAUACUAAUUUUUGGAAGCAUAUUUCGUAUUUUCAGCGCAUUUAUAAUUAGCAUUAUUUCUAUCCAACUAGAAUAAAGAUAUGGUACUUAUUA